CUUUCUGUCUGCUACAAAGAUCUAAAAUGAAGGUUCAGUUGGUUUUGUCUGUGUGUGGUUUUCUCAUAAGCCUUUCAUCGAUUUGGAGCCUCGAGUGCCGAAUGAGAUAUAAGUUUGGAAAUUACACCUUUCCCCAGGAAAGCAUGAGCUGCGGCAAUGAUUCUCAGGUGCAGUGUGUGACCACCUCUUACGAUCUUCCAAACACUCAGGGAAUUCUGUUUUCGGGCUGCCGAUUGUGCGACCAAGAAGGAAUCUGUAACUCCUUGGAGUCAGGACACAAUGCAACUAACUGUCAGGUGACAUGUUGCAAUACUGAUUAUUGCAAUGAUUCAGGAGCGGAAAAUAAUGGRACUAGUGAAGCUUCCAAGGACGAAGGGAAAAAGAUAAUAAAAAAACAGAAAAUGGUAGAGAAACGGAAGAAACACCACAAACACUGAUAUCACAAACACAGCCGACCAUUGCCAGGAAAAGAACACAGUCCAACAAACGAAAGAAAAAGGAUCUAGUUAGAUCUAGUCUAGCUAUAUCUGGACAAAUAAUUAAUUUACCGUCUGUGGUAAAAACGUAAUAAAGAUUUCAAAAACUCGA